AGACUAUUGAAAAUUAGAGAGAUUCUGUCCUUCCAAGAAUAUAAAAUUAAAUUGAAGGAUAAGAAUUGCUGAAAACGACCCGCCAAACCAAAAUCCCGUUCGCAUCAGAUUUGACUUGCAAGCGAAGGGGCCAUGGUCUUGGCGCUGCCGUGCUUCUGCCCAUUCAACCAAUUUUAAUGGCUUCUCUCUUCAACCCAAACCCACCUCUUGUUUCCUUCUCCUCAAUCAGACCUUCCUCUUUCAAUCCAUCAAAAGUGGUGUCCAAUUUCAACCAAACAAGCAUUAUCACCAACAAUACUGACGUUAUUGCCUAUACCAAACUCUUCUCCUCUUCUCUUUCAAUGGCUACUGGUCGCAGCUCUGCUGGUGUUGAUAACACCUCUAGGAAGCUUCCUGUUCUGCUCUUUGACAUCAUGGAUACCCUCGUUCGUGAUCCUUUCUAUGAUGACGUUCCCGCUUUUUUCAGAAUGCCCAUGGAGGAACUACUUGAACUCAAAGAUCCAACUGUAUGGAUAGAAUUUGAGAAGGGUUUGAUUGAUGAGGCAGAACUGGAAAAGAGAUUCUUUAAAGAUGAACGACCGAUAGAUUUUGAAGGCCUCAAAAGCUGUAUGAUAAGCGGUUACUCUUUCCUAGAAGGCAUUGAAGAAUUGCUAAUUGCUCUUAAAGAGGAAAACUAUGAAAUGCAUGCCUUCACAAACUACCCUAUUUGGUAUGAAAUGAUCGAGGAGAAGUUGAAAAUCUCGAAAUAUCUAUCAUGGACAUUCUGCUCUUGUAAAAACGGAAAGAGGAAGCCGGAUCCUGAGUUCUACUUGGAAGCCUUGAGACAUCUCAAAGUUGAACCAGCUAACUGUAUUUUCGUUGAUGACAGAAAGAAGAAUGUAGAAGCUGCAAAAGAAGUUGGCAUCAAUGGCCUCCAUUUCAAAAAUGCAGAUUUACUAUUAAAGGAUCUCUGUCUUCUAGGACUUGAUAUUUCACCUGAUACAAGCUCGCCUUAAAUCAACAUCUAUAUAUAUCUGCAGAACAUGUUCGGCAAGGUUCAUUUCCUUUUUCCAUUUUUUAAAUGAAUAAAACUCAUAUUUCUUUUAAUUCCAUUGAUCUUCAUGUUAAGUUGGAAUGCUGUUCUUGAUAUUGUUCCAGCUGGGGAUUCUUUUUACUGUUGAAGAUUAAAAAAUAAAAAAUAAAAAAUAAAACAUUAAUCUGUAAUCUAUUCAAAUUAUGAGCAGACUUAGCAGGGACUAUACCAAUUAGGUUUGAUAGGACAUAAUUAAUGUGGAAGCAAUGUCAACAUUAUCUUUUCAGAAUA